UUUUAAAUAAAGAGGUGCAACAACACUUCACGUUUUCGGUGCCAUUCCCGCUACCAACACCGUAACUAUUAAACGCUCCCGCUCAUUGCGCGACCGCGUCGCCAUCAACAUUGCCCACUUCUAUGCUUCCUCUUCUCAAGUUCGUCCCGGUUUCUAAAUUUUCUUUAUUGCAUCAACGUGCUUACCAAUGUUAUUCAUCAGCUACAUCUUUUCUACAAAAAGAUACAGAAUUCAGUGCUUUAUUCAACUCCUGUGUGAAUGUUAAUCUUACUAAGCAGGUUCACGCUCUUCUAGUUGUGUUUGGAAAAUCUCAAAAUGUUGUUCUAUCUACGAAGCUUAUUAAUAUGUAUGUUACUCUUGGAGAUAUUUCAUUAUCUCGCUCUACUUUUAACCACAUUAGCAAAAAGAAUAUAUAUUCAUGGAACUCAAUUAUAUCUGCUUAUGUUCGAUUUGGUCAAUACAGUGAAGCUAUGAGUUGUGUCAAUGAAUUAUUUUCCAUGUCUGAUGAUUUAAGGCCUGAUUUUUAUACUUUCCCUCCUAUAUUGAAAGCCUGUGUAGAUUUUGUUGAUGGGAAGAAAGUACAUUGUUGUGUUUUUAAGAUGGGUUUUGAGCAUGAUGUAUUUGUUGCUGCUUCGUUGAUAAAUUUAUAUUCGCGGUUUGGUGUUUUAGAUGUUGCAUACAAGGUGUUUGUUGAUAUGCCUGUAAGAGAUGUGGGUUCUUGGAAUGCGAUGAUUUCGGGGUUUUUUCAGAAUGGUGAUGCAGCCGGGGCGUUAGGUGUGUUGAAUAGGAUGAAAGGUGAGGGGGUAAAGAUGGAUACUGUUACGGUGUCGAGUAUACUUCCUGUUUGUGCGCAAUCGGUAGAUAUUGUUAAUGGGGUUUUGAUUCAUUUGUAUGUGUUGAAGCAUGGGUUGGAUACUGAUGUUUUUGUUUCUAAUGCUUUGAUCAAUAUGUAUUCGAAGUUUGGUAGGUUGUGGGAUGCACAAAGAGUUUUUGAUCACAUGGAAGUGAGGGAUUUGGUAUCUUGGAAUUCUAUAAUUGCUGCGUAUGAGCAGAAUAAUGAUCCGAAUACUGCACUUAGGUUUUUUAAAGGGAUGCUACUUGUUGGAAUACAGCCUGAUUUGUUGACGGUUGUGAGUUUGACGUCUAUAUUCGGUCAGUUAAGUGAUCAAAGGGUUAGCAGAUCUAUUCAUGGAUUUGUUAUGAGGCGUCAGUGGAUUGAGAAGGAUGUUGUGAUUGGCAAUGCACUUGUGAAUAUGUAUGCGAAGUUGGGAGAUAUGAGCUGUGCACAUACAGUUUUUGAUCAGCUUCCUAGCAAAGAUGCAAUUUCAUGGAACACAUUGAUCACAGGUUAUACUCAAAAUGGUCUUGCAAGUGAAGCAAUUGAUGCUUACAACAUGAUGGAAGAGUGUAUAAAUAUAAUCCCAAACCAAGGGACUUGGGUGAGCAUUAUACCGGCAUAUUCUCAUGUUGGAGCUUUGCAACAAGGAAUGAAAAUUCAUGGGAGGCUAAUAAAAAACUCUCUCUACUUGGAUGUCUUUGUGGCUACCUGCCUAAUUGACAUGUAUGGAAAAUGUGGGAAGUUGGAAGAUGCAAUGUCUUUAUUUUAUGAAAUUCCACGGGAAACUUCAGUUCCUUGGAAUGCCGUAAUAUCUUCUCUAGGGGUUCACGGCCAUGGAGAAGAAGCUCUGCAACUUUUCAAAGACAUGCUAGCUGAAGAUGUGGAGGCAGAUCAUAUUACCUUUGUAUCUUUGUUGUCGGCUUGUAGCCAUUCGGGUUUAGUUGAUGAGGGCCAAAAAUGUUUUGAUAUUAUGCAGAAAGAGUAUGGGAUCGAGCCUAGUUUGAAACAUUAUGGCUGUAUGGUUGAUUUGCUUGGCAGAGCUGGAUAUUUGAAAAAAGCUUAUGAUUUAGUGAGAAAUAUGCCUGUACAACCAGAUGCAUCCAUCUGGGGUGCUCUUCUCUCUGCUUGUAGAAUACAUGGAAAUGCAGAAUUAGGUACAUUAGCUUCAGAACGCAUAUUGGAAGUUGAUUCGGAGAACGUUGGCUAUUAUGUUUUGUUGUCGAACAUCUAUGCAAAUACCGGAAAAUGGGAAGGAGUAGUUAAAGUAAGAUCCUUGGCCAGAGAUCGAGGAUUGAGGAAAACACCUGGUUGGAGCUCUGUUGUAGCCGGCAGUAAAGUUGAAGUCUUUUAUACUGGGAACCAAACUCAUCCAAAAUAUGCAGAGAUAUACAGAGAAUUAAGGGUUUUGAGUGCUAAAAUGAAGAAUCUUGGCUAUGUUCCAGACUAUAGUUUUGUCUUACAAGAUGUUGAGGAGGAUGAAAAGGAACAGAUUUUGAAUAGUCAUAGUGAGAGAUUGGCCAUUGCAUUUGGAAUUAUCUGUACACCACCAAGAAGUCCGAUUAGGAUAUUUAAAAACUUGCGUAUUUGUGGCGAUUGUCAUAACGCAACUAAGUAUAUAUCUAGAAUUACUGAGAGGGAAAUAAUUGUGAGGGAUUCAAACCGUUUCCAUCAUUUUAAAGAUGGGAUUUGCUCAUGUGGUGAUUACUGGUAAACGACGCAAAUUUAUGGAAAUAUGAAAAGAUCUUGCCGUAGUACACCAGAUAUGCAUAAAUCAAAACUUUCUGAAGGCAGACUCACAAACACUUUUUUCAACAACUUUCAGCUGCUUCAUAGCUACAUUGAGUUUAAAGCAAAACAGCUCAAUGUGUUCUUCAUCUCAUGUUGCUACCUUUAUCUCUCCUUCUCCCGAACCACUUUCUCUCCUCCAAAGAUCCUCUCAUGGCAUGGGCAGGCAGCUCUAGAAACAACCUUAUAGAGAACACAAAAGCCCAACUUGCACAAAGCUUCAAAAUUCAAAGCUACAAAAAGGCCAAGGAAAGUAUAAAGUGGAACAUGUAAUUCAAGGAACCUGAUUAAAGACAGGUUUCACUUUUAAUUUCUAUUUUACAAGAAAUCAUGGGUAUGGUGAUUGUAAAUAAUGGUAGUGUUUUAAAGAGUGAUUUCAGUUUUAAUUUUUAUUUUAAGGAAAUCAUGGGGUGGUGAUUGUAAACAAUGGUAGUUAUUAUAUUCUUGCAAUCCUUGCUUUUCA